CGUCAAUUUAUUAUUUGGAAAAAUAAUUUAAACAGUUCAAAAUGGCUACCACAGCAGCUGAUACAAGUAAGAAUGGAGCCGCGCAGAAUUUGAUGAAGAAAGCCCCAUGGACCGACGAGCAAGGCAUAGCAAUGAAGGUGUACAAUGGCAUCUCGUUGGCCCUGGAGAUCCUGGUGCUGUACAUCAAGAUGACCCUUACUUGGUUCCACUGCCUCUACCAGUUCUUUGUACCGCCAGAGCCCAAGAGUGUCAAGGGGGAGAUCAUACUGAUAACUGGUGCAGGUCACGGUAUGGGUCGGGAGACGGCGCUCAGAUUCGCCAAGCUGGGCGGCAUCAUCGUCUGUGUGGACAUCAACCCUACAGGCAACCAGGAGACAGUGGACCUGAUCAAGGAACAGAAGGGGAAGGCUUAUCGAUAUGAAUGUGACGUCACGGACCGCGAAGCAAUAGCAGUUUUAGCAGAAAAGAUCCGUCGCGAGGUCGGUGAGGUCACGAUGCUGGUGAACAACGCUGGUAUCAUGCCUUGCAAGCCGCUGCUGCAGACCUCUGAAAAGGAGAUCCGCACCUCAUUUGAAGUUAACAUCAUAGCUCAUUUAUGGCUUCUCCAAACCUUCCUUCCAUCAAUGAUGGAGCGCAACCACGGCCACAUCGUCGCCAUGUCGUCGAUGGCUGGAGUCGUGGGCCUCCGUAACCUCGUCCCAUACUGCGCUACCAAGUUCGCCGUCAGAGGGCUCAUGGAGGCCCUUCAUGAAGAACUCAGAGAGGACAAGACUAAAGACUACAGCGGUAUUAAAUUCACAGUGAUCUGUCCUUACAUUGUGGACACGGGGCUGUGCAAGAACCCAAAGAUCAAGUUCCCUUCACUGAUGAAGAUCCUGACGCCGCAGGAGGCUUCCGACCAGAUCGUGGACGCCGUCAGGAGGAACUACAAUGAAAUCACCAUUCCUAGCUCACUCUAUUAUAUUAAUCUGAUUUGCAGAGUUUUCCCGAAACAAGUACCACUAUAUCUAAAGGACUUCUUAGAUUCCGGCUUGGAAGCCCACACAUAACUAUGUUAUUUGUAAUAAUAUGUUAGCACUGGGACAUAGUGACCUAAACAGAGUAACGCAAGUAUAGGCUCAAGUCGUAUGGACCAAAAAUCUAGAUACUUUACAUUAAAAGAAGUAGGUACAUAAAACUUUUUAAUUAUCAAUGGUUUUAUUAGUACCUACUAUAAAUUUAAUG